AUGGAUGAAGACAUCAAGCCGAUGCUACACACUCUCGUCUAUGUGAAACAGUGGGGGCGCUACUUGGCAUUUGCAGAGAAGCGCAGUGAUACCCGUGAUGACAGCGCCUUGAAUCUGGUGAUGCGAACAGGAAAACCAGAGGAACAUGGAUGUCUAGAGUGGUCUCCCAUUAAGGACUUGAGGGAGGCAAGGAAAGAUGGCUACCGCAGUAUGAACCCAUGCCCAGUCUUCAGUCAGAGCCAGGAAACUCUCUUCCUGUUCUUCAUCUGCAUCGAGGGCCGUAUCCGUGAGGGAGCCCUGAGUCCUGGCCAAACCCGCCUGUGCUACGUCGCCACCGACAACGCUGGCGAGACGUGGAGCGAAGUUAAGGACUUGACUGAGACGGUUGGUGGCAUAAACCUUCUACAUUACAAAACCUUCGCUGUGGGACCGGGCCAUGGCCUGGAGGUAGACAGGAGCUGGUCAGGCUUAGGCAGCAGCACCACCAACAAGAGGCUGCUGAUUCCAGCGUACGUUAUAACCAAGAGAGGGAAUAGCCAUUCGCUGCUUUUCUACAGCGACGACGACGGAGAGUCGUGGCAGGCCGGAAAGCAGCUGGUGCAGGAGUGCGGUGAGAACCAGGUGGCCGAGGUCCGGGUCAAUGGAGGCACGGAGUCCUACCUGUACUGCAGCUCUCGCAGCACCUGGGGCAGAGGACUGCAACAGGUGCCCCGCACGGAGGCGCUGAGCGACGACGCCGGGGAGAGUUUUACCAAGCUGCAGACUCUGGCACUGAAGGAGACCCCACACGGCUGUCAGGGCAGCGUGCUAGCCUUCCCCGCCUUGAAGCGGAGGGGGGCCGCCGUGGCCGGACACCGCCAUGGUGGCCCCUCCUCCGGCUCCGGCUCCGACACAUGGCUGCUGUACAGCCAUCCAGCCCGAGGGCCGCUGAACGGAGAGGGCCAAUGGAUAAGGAGGGACCUGGGUGUGUUUCUCCGGGAGUCACUUCAAGAUGGGGGUGGAAGAGACCACAAGCCCUGGGGUGAGCCCCACAUCCUUCACCAUGGGAUGAGUGGAUACUCGGACCUGGCUGAGGGGAGCGCGGAGGGACACUUUGCCUGUCUGAUGGAGUGCGGCGAGGCAGCCAAGCUGCGCAUUGUCUUUAAGGAGUUUGACAUCUCGGAGAUUCCAAAACCAGCUGGUGGAUCCAUGUCUGGUGCUUGA